AUGUGCGACCAGAUGCUCCCCGACGGCACCGCGAGGGAGAGUACGGGGGCGGAGACCGCGGGAGACGGACACAGUGGUGCCCAGGGCGCUUCGGCGGAUGCUAGUAAGCGGAAGGUCGCGAAAGUGGAAUCCAGGGAGAGGAACGUGGGCGUCAGUGGCCACCAGAAGAAAAAGAAGAAGCAGGACGCGCAGAUCGAGAACACGGCGAAGGUCGCCAUGUCCGCGGUGAAGGGGGAGCUCGGCCUUGACGCCCUGUUCGGAACGUCGUCCGCACCCACGUACGCCGACGCCCCGACAUCCUUCUACGACACGAAGGAGGGGUUAGANGAGGAUAUCAGGAAGGAGAAGGAGCUGGGUUCUGACGCUGACGAAGAAGACCUACAGCUCUUGCGGGACCGGGCGACGACCGUGAGGGCCCAAAUCAAAAAAGAAACGGCGGCAGCUAGUGAGGAUGGCUAG